UUGGUUGCGGCCGCUUCGGGUGGGAAAGCCGCGCAGCGUUGGGGAUGCCGCCGGAAUCGACGCAGAAAGAGCGCAGACCGGGAAAAAGUGAGAGUUUUCGAUGCCAUCCUCGGAUCUUAAGUCUUUGCUUACCUUGGAAAAGCUCACGGGUUCAUUAGGUUGUGCUGCUGGAGCUUUACCAUCAAGAGAGGACCUUAAGAGAAUGCAGUAGAAGAGGGGGGGGGGUGGAGGAUACGCCUGACAGGGAACUUUCUCCACCCCCUCUGCAAAGGAGCAUCUUUGGGAACCUCCCUGCCUGUGCCCCUCUCUCUCUCCGUGGGGAAGAUCUUGCAUUGCAUUGCACCCCUUUACUUUUCGAAAGGAUUCCAACUCAGCUCACAUCACCAGAGGCGGCCUACUGCUUCCCGGAUCGAUGCCGUAACUUUGGCCUCUUCUCCUCCUUUGCCGCGCCUGCCAAAGGCAUCUGGAUGAGCUCAGAAACCCCAUGCCAAUUCCCUGUGGGCGGGCCUGGCCUGCACAUGGUGCCUGGGUUUUUGUGACUCGGGCAGCCUGCCCACCGAGGGAGAGCAGAGGCCGCAGAGAGGCACAGGAAGGCAGGCAUGGAGGACUCUGACCAGCGCUUGGUGCUGGGCAUGAACAUGGGGGAUGGGCGGCAGACGCCUCCGGGGCAACUGCAGACCCCCUCCGAAGGCAGCGAGGAGCAGCGGGUGCCUGGGCCGGAGGCCAUGUGUGAUGGUAGUGGCGAUGCCAAGAAGAAAGAAAAUGAGGAAGAAGAGGAGGAGGAGGAGGAGGAAGAGCUUGACCCUCGCAUUCAGGAAGAGCUGGAACAUCUCAAUCAAGCCAACGAAGAGAUCAAUCGAGUGGAAUUGCAGCUGGAUGAGGCCCGCACCACAUACCGCCGGAUCUUGUCUGAAUCUGCUAGGAAGCUGAAUGCCCAGGGCUCCCAACUGGGGAACUGCAUCGAGAAAGCACGCCCUUAUUAUGAAGCCAGGCGCUUGGCCAGGGAGGCCCAGCAAGAGACUCAGAAGGCUGCCCUGCGGUACGAACGAGCCGUUAGCAUGCACAACGCGGCCCGGGAAAUGGUUUUUGUGGCUGAGCAGGGAGUCAUGGCAGACAAGAACCGGCUGGAUCCCACCUGGCAGGAGAUGCUGAACCAUGCCACCUCCAAGGUGAACGAGGCCGAGGAAGAGCGUCUGCGCAGCGAACGGGAGCACCAGCGUGUCACCCAGCUCUGCCAGCAGGCCGAGGCAAAGGUGCAGUCACUCCAGAAAUCCCUCAAGCGAGUCAUUCUGAAGAGCAAGCCCUACUUUGAGCUGAAGGCUCAGUUCAACCAAAUCCUGGAGGAGCACAAGGCCAGGGUGACGUCCCUGGAACAGCAGGUCGCUCAGGCCAAGAUGCGCUAUUCCGUAGCCCUGCGCAACCUGGAGCAGAUCAGCGAGCAGAUCCACGCGCGGCGGCUCCAACGCUUAGUAGGACGGCGCGCUUCCCCAGUUGGUGCUGAAGCUAGCCCGGCGCUGCUGUAUGGUGGGAUGGUGCUACCUCCUGAGCCCGUUGCCUCGGCCGACACGCUCUCGGUCCUCAGCUUCCAGACCAUUGCCUCUGACCUGCAGAAGUUUGACUCGGUUGAGCACCUCCUGGGCCUGUCCGAUGCUGCCAGUCUCAACAGCGAUGAGCUGGAGGAAAGGGAGCAGCGGCGGAUGGCUCAGCCCCACUCCUUUAAGCACCACCGCAGCAUCAGCCUCUGACCUGCCCCUUCUCCCGCCACCCCUUUAAGACCCGGCCUUCAGAAGAAUGGGGGGGGGGAGUGCUGGUUCCCAGGCACUAGGAGAAGUUGCAAGCGGAGGCAUGGCGUCCACAGUGGUUUUUGGCCUCAUCCAUCUGCAGUGUUGAUUCCCCCCCCCCCAGGUGCAAAUCCCAGAUUUUCUGCCCUUUUAAUCUCCCCACCUCAGGGGCUCAAGUCCAAGUUCCAGAUUUGGGGGGGGGGGGUUGGACAUUUUAACAUUCUGAAUCCCACCUUACCUGAUCUAUCAAGCUGCCAUCUCCCCAAGCAUGCCCCUUUUCCCUGGGAGCAUUGCAUGCUGGAAGUAAUCUGCAACUUUGCACUUUUAUCCUGGCUUGUUGGAUCCUUGGUAAUGUACCGGUAGUUAUUCUCAGCUGCUGGAAGGCUGGUCUAGAAGCCGAGAGAAAGAGAAAGAGAGAGAGAGAGAGGUGUGGGAGAGAAGCAGCUUUGCUCCUUUUAAUAUUUCUUUGGGGGGGGAAAGAGGAAUAUAGGUGGGCUAUAGAGCUAUUAGUGUAGAGAUGCUCCCCCCCCCUCCACGCCUCUUACUGCAUUUGAGAGAGAACUUCCCACACUGCUUUCCCGCAAGGCUAGAGAUGACAAUAAAUGGCUUGUUUAAAGAAGAACUCUGGUGCCCCCACACAGGGCUUCUCACCACCACCCAUAACUGACAAGGCAUGCUAUUUGUCCCUCCUUUGCAACAGGGGGUGCGCGCAUGCACACACACACACACACACACACAAAAACAAGAUGGCAGCCAUCCACCUCUUUCUAGCUUCUAAGCUAGAGCCACGCCCGUCUUGCCUCAUUGCAAAAUCCAAUGGAGAAACUGAUACCGCGGUGGUACCGUCCAGCACACUCCCAGGAGAAAAGAGAUGUGGGGCAGGAGGCUCCUUCCACCCGAAAGGCCCCCCCCUCCCACCUACCCAAUAACCCCCUCAGCACAACCUUUCCUGCCGCGUGUUCUUCUGAUCUUCCAAUCGUUUGCACUAGCAGGUGGCAAAAGAGGGGGGACUGAGUUUUUUUUUCUUUCUUCUGUUUUCCAGCAGUCCCCGUCUUUCCAUGCCUUUUUCGGCAGGUGGGUGGGUGGGUGGGGGCGGCGGGCAAGUUGGGGAGCAGUUUCUGCCACUCUAAAACAAAUUUGCUGGACUUUGGCUGUGAUGAGAACUUGCCGGUUUGAGGCAGCCAUACAGCAACUCUGUACAUGUUUGUGUGUGUAUGUGUGUGCGUGCGUGCGCGUGGAUGUGUGGAGGUUUGUAUGACCGGCUUAUGCUGUGUAUUUUAUUUAAAGUAAAAUUUAUGCCCUAUCAA